UCAAUUGCUUUUUAAAAAAAAUUAAUCUUUUUUUUUGAGGCGAGAUUAAGGUUAACGAAAGUUGGGAAGAGUAGAGAGAUAAAACAAGAAUCUAUUGGUUCAGAACCCGGUACUCCAGUACACCUUCCUAGGAGAUUCCGAGACAAAUUGUCAGUUCCUGAACCUAGCCUGGUUUCUCAGAGUAGUCCGAAUACUCCUCUUACCUCCAGGAAACUUAAAUCCUCGAAACGGCAUCAGUCUUUUAGUCCUGUCAGUUCUGAAAGCGAGGAAGAUGAAGUAAAUGAAAGAACCUUGCUGAAUUCUCCGAUUCUCCGGCGGAAAAAAUCCUCAUUUGACUCCAGUGACGAGGAUAUUACUGAUAUUCAUCACAGGCUGCAUGAUAAGUCAAGUAUGCCUGCCCAGGCUGGAUACCAAAACCUUGAAACAUUCCAGAAACAAAAACUUCGUCAGAAGUUGCGAAAGUUGAAUAAUAUUGAGACGGAUCCAAGAUACUUUUGGACACCCUCCUCCAGUCCCAGACUUAGCCCUAGAACAAACAGGAUGACUCGAAUGUGUGGGAAAGAGUUAAUUAUGCACAACAAAGCUCCUUUGUGGAACGAAAGUAGUCAGGUUUAUCAACUGGAUUUCGGAGGACGGGUCACACAAGAGUCCGCUAAAAAUUUUCAGAUCGAGUUCAAUGGAAAACAGGUUAUGCAGUUUGGAAGAAUUGACUCCAACGCGUACACUUUGGAUUUUCAAUAUCCAUUUACAGCCAUCCAAGCAUUCGCCGUAGCUCUCGCCAAUGUUACACAGCGCUUAAAGUAAUUUCGCCCACAUCUUUGCCAAAUUAAGUUAAUCCUUGCCGGACAUGACCACCACGGCUGAAUACCGGGUUGGGCGAGUCUAAUUUUUCGCUCCACAUAUAUUUCGACGUUAGAGUCAGAUUGCGAUUAUAAUUUGUCAAUGUUUUUUCAUUUUAAAUCUAACGCAGUAUUCAAGGCUAAAAGAAAAAAUGUUUAAAUCACAAAAAUAAUAAAUAUAUUUCUCAGGCAAAUUGCAGGUGUUUAAUAUUUCUAAGAUUUUAAGAAAUUAAAAGAACAAAAUUCGUUUCCUUCAGAAAUAUAGAUUUGACGUACAUAAAAUAAAAAUAAGGAUGAUUUUAAAAGGCAUAAAUAUCUAUAAUUCGUCCAAUUUAACGAUAAUAAUAUAAUUGUAAAACAUAAAUAAUUGUUUUUGUCAUCUGACUUUCCUUAUCUACACAUUUCUUAUUCAUUCUUUCAAAAGAUCUCAUAGACUUACAUGCAUAACGUCAGGUUCUUUGAAAAACAAAACAAAAAAGUUAUUUAUUUCUGUGACGAUUAAGUUUUAAAAGAAAAAAAUCUAUGUUUUAAUCUUCAAAAGUUUCUCGAAAUUCCUUCUGAAUGUUGUAAUAAAUUUUUAAAUAUAGAUUUUUUCAAUCUGGAAAAAUCAUUAUUCUUAACCUAUUUUAUUCAGUGUGCUAUAGUCGUAUUCUUUAAUAUCUGUUUUUAUUAUGAAAAUAAUUUAUUAUUCAAAAUUCUACUGUCUUCCUUAAUAUUGUGUUAUUAUUUUACAACUGUUGAUUUUAUUUAUUUUAUCAUUUAUUAAAUUGUUAAAUUAGUACAGUCGUCUCCAGAAUAACAAGUAAAGGGAAGACGACCUUCAUCAAAGGAUUUGUUCCUGAAAUCUAUUUUUUUAAAUUUAAAAACUGAAUACUUUUAGUAAACCUAAUUUUCUGAAUUUCUUUAUCUUUGAAACU